AUGUUCAUAUCCUCCAGAGCAUCUUCUUCUCGACUACGUCCCACGAUCUGUACGAUAUGUCGAUCCUUCACCUCUACUUCGGCAGUAUCAGUUAAAAGACCACAAAAACCAUACGAAGCACCCGUAGCCAAAAUCGAUGCUUAUGGGAAUAGGAUACCUAUCGAUUUUCAUUCUCUUGGUGAUAAAGCUGAAAUCAAGAGGAAGGAAUUCCUGGAGAGCCUGAGUGAGAGGAGAAGUAGGAGUUAUAUUGAAAAAUAUGGUAAUUCUGAAAAAUUCGGAUUAAGAAGAUCGUCCAAUCGAAAUUAUCAACGUGAUGAAGAUUUGGGCGAUAGAGCUAGGAAUUCGAACAGUGAUGGAGGAUUGUAUGAUGAGUUGGAAGCAGAAGAUUGGAGGGCCAAAAUUGGAAUCAAAUCAAGUUAUUAUACUACGAAAUCCUUGAAACCUGGUAGAAGGAAAUUUGAUAGAGCUAUGGAAAGUUAUAUGGAAGAAGCGAAAAGAUUGAAUCCGAAUGCUGAUCAAAUCAAAUUAGAAAAUGAAUAUAAGAAAGACCAAAAGAAGGGAAGAAAACAGAAAAUACCGGGUCUACCACCGCCUGGAAUGCAGAAUAAUAGGAGAGAUUCAAGAUUAACAGCGCCACACAGAAUCGGAUCAGAUCGAAAGAAAUUCAACAAUGAGAAUGACAGAGAUGAUAAAGGGUCGAAACUGUUUCUUAAAUCGCCCAAGAAGACUUUUGGGCUGAAUCUAAUUACAUUUUCAAACUCGAGAGGAGGAGGAUACCAAGGAGGGAACGAUCAUAAUCCUUCUUCGUCUUUAUCAGAACCCAAACAACCCAAAUCUUCUUCAAAAUACUGGCGUCCCACCAAGAAAUUGACAUACUCUGCAAUGGCAGGGUUACGAACACUGUACUCGAUGAAUCCCGAAAAAUUCAAUAGGCAGUUCUUGUCUGAAAAGUUCGGCAUUUCAAGAGAAGCUGUCACUAGAAUAUUGAAAUCUAAAUAUCGUUCGAAUUCAACAGAUGACGAGGGAUCCGGGUUAGGGUCAGGAUCAGGAUUGGUGAUACCUGGUGGGAAUGAUACGCUGAAAGGAACGAAGUGGGAUAGAAAUCCCGGUAGUUCAGAGGAGAUUAGUCCUGUACCUGCCAUAUUGAGAGCUUUUGGUCGGGACAAGUAA